UUUUUUUUUUUUUUUAUCGCUUUUCAUUACAUUAUAUUCUCAUGACAGUCCCUACGUUGCAUCUUCUAUCUACAGAUCAAUAUGCACCACUUGUAGAACAACUAUCUCGUCACCAUCAACCAAGCUGUUCACAGUUUUUAGGCUGGUUCCUUCAAACAGGUCAUUCCACCGUUGAUCACCUUGGCCGAUCUAAAGUCUAUUCAACCCAUUCCAAUCCAGAUUAUUUACCCCUUGAUGAACCCGUUGUCCUUGUCAUCAAUAGUUUCCAUCGACUUCGUAUCUAUGUCAGCACAGAACCGGUUUUUGAUAAUCAAGGCGUGGUCACCGAAUCUUUGAAAAAACAAGCUGCGGUAGGCGAUUGGAACGGAGAAAAGGCGCCACGUUUGUACGACGACGAUCAUUUGCAUGUCUUGUAUCAGAAAAGUGUGGAUCUUUUGGAGCAUGUGCUACAUCAAGUCAUCAAUGAAUGGGGAAAUAAUGAAUGCAUGUUCCAUGGUGUUUCAUUAGUAUGGCAACCUUUGAUCAGUGCUUUAUAUAAAAUUAUCUACUAUGGUCCUUGCCAUACAUUUGUCAAACCUGUGGAAACAGACAUUCCUAUAGAAUCACCUUGGCCACUUUCCAAUUUGGUAGCAAGUGAUGUGAAGACGGUAGUCGAAAGGAACAAAAUUUUGUAUGAUUCGAAGUAUGUGGAGGAUUGUUUCCGUAUAUCUUCUGCUUUACGUGAUCAAGGAAAGCUAGUUGCUUGGGCGUAUACUCAUCGUGAUUUACCCAUUGGUGGACUUCAUGUGAUUCCAGAAUAUCGACGACGACAGUUGGCAAGUAUCAUUGUACGCGACUUGUGCAACAAGCAAUCUCGAUUUUUACUCGAUAAUGCACCAAACAGUGAUCAGAUACAGUAUUAUGUACUAUCUCUUGUGGAAUACUCAAAUCCAGCAAGUACGGCCUUAUUUGAACGACUUGGCUUUUCGAAAGUGGGACUUGGUAUGACUUGGACUGAAAUCUCUGUUAGAAAAUAAUCUAGAUAGAUUGUGUACUUUUAUGCUUAGAUUCGUAUUUUGAUUCUCUCCUCCUUUUCUUUUUUAAUUUUUUAUCUAAUAAAUAUCUUGUAUUGUUUACUUUUUUA